AUGGUCCUGGGCAUCGUCUCCGCCGGCGCUGGCGCGACGAAGACGCUCCUGAGCUUCUACGGUGCACUGCUGCACUACUGGGUGCGCCGUGGCAGCUACGCCGACUGCCCCUUUUUCGCCGACGACCUGCACGCCAAGACGUAUGUCUACUCGAUCGCACUGCUCAACUCGCUGUGGAGCCAGCCGCACUACCGCCACUCCAGCUUCCACAAGGACCUGGUCACGAACCUGCGCAACGUUGCGAUACCGGGCACAGGCGUUCCGCUCUCGAUCGUGAGCUGCUCACGUCUCGUUCUCUUCCCCUUCUUGCUUUUCGUGUACCCAUGGCUCUGUGCCAUUGGUGCCUUCUUCGAGCUCCCGAGAGAGUACUCGAACCAACAGGGCAACAUCAUUGAGCGCUUCUUGCGCACGUUCGCGCAGAUCUUCGUGUGUCCUCAGAACUGGUUCGCCUUCUGGCGCGUGAACUGUCAUGUGGUGAGUCUCCAUAGCCUCAAGACGCAGUCGCCCGGGUACAGCAUGGAGAACAAAUGGGACUUCCUCGUCGAGGCGGAGAAGAACGGCAUUGCCGUGACGCCGUACCUCAAGUCGCCCAGCUCGCUCGUGAUCAAGGACCGCAACGAGGAGGGGGGUAUGGGCAUCUUCAUGUUCAAGAACGCUGUCAACGGAGGCGACUACAUCAUCCAGGAGAAGCUGGAGAACGCCCCUUCUCUGAAAAAGCUGCUGCCAGGAGUGGCGCCGCUCUCGACUUUCCGCAUCAUCACGGCGUCACGGCACGGCCUGGGAGCAGAGGAAGCGCUCAAGGACGGCGGCAAUGGCGUCAAGUCGCUCAGCUGCGUGUUUCGCGCUGGAUUAGCCGGUGCGGCAACGGACCACAAGUCCAUCAUGUUCGACGUCGACAUGGAGUCGGGCAAGAUCCUCAAGGGCUCCACCACGACGCACUGGUACCGCGUCGGACCACAGCACAUGUUCCGCGGCAACUGCAGCGUCGGGCACGACAUCACGAGCCACCCGGACACGGGCGUUCCGAUCACGGGCAACGUGAUUGCAGAGAUCAAGGCGAUGAAGCGACUCGCGGAGGAGGCGCAUUACAAGCUGAUGAAAGACGUGCCGCUCUGUGGCUGGGACGUGGCCAUCACCGACGUGGGUGUGCUGCUGCUGGAGGUCAACAUCUCGUGCAACUUUUUCCGCGGGACGUUCGACCAGACGUGGUACUUCCGGUUCUUGGACGACUACUUCCGUCAUCUCGAGCAGGUGGCGCCCAGCACGACCGCGAAGAAGAUCGAGUAG